AUAGCAUCUGUUGCCUUGUGUCUUCGAUGGUGGUACCGGGACCUUGCUCUACCUUCAAUGCUUGAUAAAAUCGUCUUUACGGACCACACAGCUCACAAGGCCUUGGUGAAUGAGUUUUUAAAAUUAUGCGACAUGAGUUUUCACAUUCGGGUGGAUGCAGAAAGCUUGUGUAUAUCCCUCCGCCAUCAGGGCCGAGCAUCGCCCAUCAAGUUCUCAGACGUUCUCAUAGCGAGGUGGUGGUGACAAGAUGGCGCCGCAGACAGUCCCAUGAUGCUCGAUGCCAGUCUGACAGCGCCAUUGCUGUGACGAGGUGGGACCGCAGUCGACCUGCUGACGCCGGCAGCAAAUGUCUUGGAUGCAAAGAGGACAAAGAACAUCGGCGACACCGUGAACAGGAGUGUGUUCUAGAGCUGAAUCGGGGGAAUUUCGAAGCGAAGGAGAAUGUUGACGACAACGGCAACGAUGACAGAUGUGUCGUCAAGACAACAACAGGACAUUCCCCUUCGGUUUUUGACAAGCUGGUCUGCAUUUUGAAACAAUUCCAACCUCAUCUUUUCCUCACCCAGUAGCAGAGGGGCGGAAGUCAUGUUUACCUUGACUACUCGAGAUGACAAAGAAAAAGGAGUCACGUGGACAUCAAAAACUGGCAAAGGUGAAAAAAUAAAUGUUGUAAGCAAAGCUACUUUUGAUAUUAGCAAGACGAAGGUAAAGGAGAAGAAAUUGAGAAUAAAUUUAAAACGGGAUUCGGUGGAUUUCUGUAGGGAGGAAACAACACCCGGUCAUGGCGAGUGCCGGGGAUCUCAGGACGUGAGAGUGACUAACCGAGGGAUGAAUGGUGUGGUUUCAGCAUCUGUGUUCUCAGAAACUUUUAAGAGAUCGACAGAUGUUGACGUCAUCGUGCCCCCAGAAGCGAGGGAGCCUCACCGUUGCCUAGCACCACCGGAGUCCCGCCCACCCCGGCCGUGCAGGCGCAGCAUGACGUGUACAUCGCGCAUGCGCGGGAGGACCUGCAGGUGGCCACGCGGCUGCUGCGCGUGAUGGAGGAGCGAGGGUUCUACUGCUACAUGUGCGAACGAGACUUCCCCGUGGGCGACUGCAUCAGUGACGUCAUCACCGACGCGGUGCGAGCCUCGCGACAUGUCGUGGCCGUCGUGUCCAAGAGCUUCCUCUCCGAAGACUGGGGCAUGUUCAAGCUGCAUGUAAGUCUGAGCCGGAUGUACGAAACAAACAGAGCUAUUCUACUUCCGUGCUGGUGGACGUGUGUGAAAAGGACGUUCCAAGCGUUUUACGUCACCUUAGCUACGUGGACAUGCGCAGUGACCCAAACUACGUUGACAAACUUAUUUCGAUGCUACAAGGACCAGAGGUCAGGGUGAAUGAACUUUUACCUGUUGGGAAUCUCUCUUACGGCAUCGUCUACAAUUACUACCUGGGCUACCUGAGGUUCGUGCUGCCAGGAAUCCAGCAAAGGAUCGACAGAUGGUGCCAGAAGCACAGCAACACGCAGUGCUUCGACGCACGCAUGUCCCGGAAGUUCUACAUCCUAGUUCCGGUCAGCUGCUACUGUCCUCACACCCUGGUGGACGCGGGCUGCGCCAUCUCCUUCAGUGGUCACGUGGACGACCUGGAGCUGUCCAGGGCAGGCAGCCUGCGCCGCGUGUACAGACACACCGUGUGGAGCAUCACCAAACCCAACGGGCAGGUGCUUCACUUUGUGGGUGAGUACCCGAGCUGCCUCAACACCUUGUACCAGAUGGAGAUGAUCAGAAACACGGGGCUGGACUCCAGUGAGAGGCAGAGACAGAGGGAGGAGUUCGUGGCCAGACUGAGGGCGCUCCUGGCCAGCAAUGACCACACGGACAGCGUUCGUGUUGUGGACUAUCGGGAUAAAGACAGUUUUGGAAACAUCAUUUCUCUCUCACAAGUCCUCGCUCCAGUUAUCGAGGAAGACAGACUUCCACCCAGUGAGAGCCAGCAGACAGUGAGCUGACUUUUGUCUGUGGGGACGAGGCGUAGAGAGACUUGUGUGGGCAUUCCUUGUUACGCCAGUCAGGACAUCAGCAACGAAUCUUCUCAAAGCUCAACUGGAUCAUUCCUAGUUUGGUUGUUUUUGUCAUUUCAGGAUUUUUGCGAGACAAUUUUUUAAAAAUCUGGUAUAUUUUGCACUCGCUUGC